UCCCCGAGACUGCCAAAGAAGGCCGGCAUCGUAUCGGCCGCACUGAUUAUGAUUUCAACGGUGUGUUGUAAAUAAUUGCAAAACAGCAAGUCUUUUGUUCCUGGUUUGGAAUUUGGAAUGACCCUUGCCUAGGAUUGCAGACAUGGCUGGCCAGGAAAGGCAGCUUGCUUUGCUGUCCCUGUUUGCCGUCGUUCUCUCGCUGAACGCUGAUCUAGCCACUGCCACGGCUGAUAGCGACACAGUCCGUCCACAAUGGGAUGACAAUGGGUCGUCCGGUGAUUUCAAGAACGUGCUCUACUUGAUUGUGGACGAUUUGCGCCCGCAGAUGACGGUCUACAACCAGUCGACCAUGAAGACACCCAACUUCCAGCGCCUGGCCGAAAAGGGCCUGGUGUUCGAGAGGGCCUACUGCCAAGUUGCAGUGUGCGUUCCGAGUCGGAAUAGCUUCAUGAGCGGCAGAAGACCUGACACCACCAAAGUCUGGUCGGGCAUGGCGCACAGUUUCCGUGACACUGGCCCCGACUGGAUCACGAUGCCGGAGCACUUCAAGAAGCACGGCUUCAUCGCGCUGGGAGGCGGGAAAACCUACCAUCCGAACUCGCCCCCGAACUGGGACGAGCCGAAAUCCUGGUCCCAGGACCUGCCCUACUUCUCAUUCAAAGGGUCAAAGUGCCCGAACGGCACCCUUCAGCAGGAGGCACACAUUGGCGAGUCUGGACAGGUCACAGGAAUCGACACGUGGUGUGCCCUGGACGAGAGCGAGUAUCCGUACAGCUAUCACUAUGACAACCAGCUGGCCAAUCACACGGUGUCGGUGCUCAAGUAUGUGAAGGAGAAAAAGGAGCCGUUCUUCGUCGCGGCCGGUUUCCGCCGCCCGCACGUGCCCUGGAAGGUGCCGAAGACGUUCUGGGACAUGUACGGCGACCAGGGAGAUGUGCCGACCCCGCUGCACGUGCAACGUCCGCUCAACGCGCCCGACAUUGCGUUCCACAACCAGGGCGUGUUCAACAACACCGACAAGCGCAAGUACCUGCCCAUGCCCACGCCCAUGCCCAAGGCGAUACAGCAGGCGGCGAGACGCGCCUACUUUGCCAGCGUAUCCUGGACGGACUACAACGUGGGGCUGGUGUUGGCGGCGCUGGACGACCUCGGCCUGGCCAACAACACCCUGGUGGUGCUGCACGGUGACCAUGGUUACCAGCUCGGCGAGCACGACUCCUGGCACAAGCAGACCAACUGGGAGCUGGCCACGCGCGUGCCGCUCAUCGUGCGGGCAAAGUGGAAACCGCGGUCGCUAGGGCGGCGAACGUACGCCCUGGUGGAGCUGGUGGACAUGUACCGGACGGUGGCCGAGCUGGCCGGGACCAACAAACCCAGCAGCGACGUCAACGGCACGAGCUUUGCGCCGCUCUUUGACAGCCCGGGCAUGGCGUCGUCGCAGUUGUCCGCGGCAACCGGCAAAACGGGUUCGGCGGCGGCUGCGGGGGCGGCGUUCAGUCAGUACCUGAGAUGCGUGAAUAACCUGACGGCGCAGUGGGCCGACAACUGGUGCAGUGGUCACGACAACCGUACGCUGAUGGGCUACUCGCUGAGAACGGACGUGUGGCGCUACACGGCCUGGAUGCCAUGGCAACGCACAGCGCCGCAGGUCGACUGGGCUAGAGGGCCGGACCACGUGGAGCUGUAUGACCAUAGCGGUGACCAGUGGCUGGAGAACGAUUUCGAUCACUUUGAGAACGAGAAUGUCGCUGCUUCGGCAUCACAUGCCAGUGUCAUCACAGAACUGCAUGCGAUACUACGCGAGUUCUUCUCGGAAGAGUGACAACAUGUUAGUUCUGUCUGGUCAUAACGCUGCAAGAGCCAUUUUAAUACGAUGGAAUUUCGUCAAUAGCAAACAAGUCUUGCGAGCUGGACCCGUCGAUCAAGGCAUCUGUCACAGGGCAUACAAUGAUGGAGCCAAUGCCAUGAUCACAAUGUAGUACGACUCGUAGUGGACGUACCCUCGUUUACAUGUUGUGUGUUUGCCGGACUGAAGAUGUGUUUCUGUGAAGCGAGGGAAAACCAUGCAUGCAUGGGCAGUGUCACUAAAAUCCGUUCCUAAAAAUUAA